UCCAUUUACGGCAACAGGGAGAAAAUUGGGAAUUUGAAAAUGACUUGGGAUUUUCAUAUCACACCAGAACAAAACUAGCUGAAAUUAAUAUAGACGGCGCAGCAAAGUCAACUUUACAGUUUGUAUAAAACUUAAUUUUUGUGUCGUUGUCUGGGAUUUCAUUUAGCGCUUUGUUGCAUUGAAGGGCUUCUCUAACUCAUUCAGCUGACAUUUGUCAUCUCUGAAAGUGGCACAUAAGCUUGGAUCUCUACAGCAGUUCUUUAUCUUGUUUACAUAUUUCUGGAUCUUUAGAGGGAAAUAUAAACUGCAUAAGUGAAGUGAUCUCCAGCAAUGGCUACUUUGGCUGGUGCCAUACCUAGGAUGAUGCGCCCAGCACCAGGGCAAAACUAUCCCCGUAGCGGUUUUCCGUUGGAAGUUUCCACUCCUUUAGGGCAAGGGCGAGUAAAUCAACUUGGUGGAGUGUUUAUUAAUGGUAGACCCCUACCGAACCACAUUCGACAUAAAAUCGUGGAAAUGGCUCAUCAUGGGAUUAGACCUUGUGUUAUCUCACGCCAGCUAAGAGUGUCACACGGGUGCGUCUCCAAAAUUCUAUGUCGGUACCAGGAAACUGGAUCCAUACGACCAGGGGCUAUCGGAGGAAGUAAGCCCAAGCAGGUAACGACACCAGAUGUGGAAAAGAAAAUAGAAGAAUACAAGAGAGAGAAUCCGGGGAUGUUUAGCUGGGAAAUCCGGGACAAGUUACUUAAAGACGGAGUCUGUGAUCGUAAUUCUGUUCCCUCAGUGAGUUCCAUUAGCCGCAUCUUGAGAAGUAAAUUUGGGAAAGGAGAAGACGAUGAUGAGGUGGACACAACAACAGUAUCUGAGGCAGAGACCGAACGGAAAGAGUUAGAAGAAAACGAGAAAAGGGCAAAGCACAGUAUUGAUGGCAUUUUGAAAGAAAGAGCAACUCAUCACUCUGAUGAAGGCUCAGACAUUGACUCAGAACCAGAUUUACCUUUGAAGAGAAAGCAGCGUCGUAGUCGAACAACAUUCACUGCUGAACAACUGGAAGAAUUGGAACGGGCCUUUGAGAGAACGCACUACCCUGAUAUAUAUACACGGGAAGAGUUAGCACAGAGGGCCAAACUCACUGAAGCCAGAGUCCAGGUUUGGUUUAGUAACAGAAGAGCAAGGUGGAGAAAACAAGCGGGGGCUAGUCAGCUAAUGGCCUUCAACCAUCUCAUCCCAGGAGGAUUCCCACCCACAGCUGUGACAGCUCUUCAACCAUACCAGCUUCCAGAAACACCUUACCAGCCCACUUCUAUACCACAAGCUGUUUCAGAUUCCAGCAGCACAGUGCACAGACCUCAACCAUUGCCUCCCACAACUGUCCAUCAAAGUGGCAUUUCUAGUCCUGACAGCAGUUCGGCAUACUGUCUCCCCACAAGCAGGCAUGGAUUUUCAGGCUAUACAGACAGCUUUGUGCCUCCAUCUGGACCUUCAAACCCCAUGAAUCCUUCUAUUGGAAAUGGUCUUUCACCUCAGGUAAUGGGCAUUCUGACCAACCCUGGAGGAGUUCCUCACCAACCUCAGUCUGACUAUGCUCUUUCACCACUAACUGGAGGACUAGAACCAACCACAACAGUACCUGCUAGCUGUAGUCAGAGACUGGAGCACAUGAAAACUCUUGAUAAUCUUCCAUCUUCCCAGUCAUAUUGUCCCUCAGCAUACAGCACCACAGGCUACAGCAUGGAUCCAGUAGCAGGAUACCAGUAUGGACAAUAUGGACAAAGUGCCUUUCAUUAUCUGAAGCCAGAUAUCGCAUAGAUGGACUGUCCCUUCAGACUUAAAAAGUUACCUGACUUCUGUUCUCUGAUUAUAAAGUCUGCUGUAUCAAUUCACAGCAUAGAGUCAAGACAGAUGCAGAACUUCUCACAACAGAAAACUAGAUGCACUAUGGCCUGCUCUUUAAGAUUUGGUUCCAUUUUUUGUUCUGUACUGCAUUGCAUCUUACCUCAAAUGGAGUCAUUCCUGAGUUGUUGUUACAUAAAACACAAAACAGCCAAGCAAAAAAAAAAAAAUAUAUCAAUUCAUUAUAAAGACCGGUAAAAUAUAUUCUAGAUACUGACAGAGAAUGACGUUUGUGUUCAUCUGAAAACUUUCAGAUUUAAUUUAUUCAACGAUCACAAAACAUAUUGGUUACAGAUGCAAUCUGUGCUGGACUAUUGUUUUUAAUUGUAUGUACAUUAAAACCACAAUAUAUUUUUACCAUCUUUUCACUGAGAGAUGGAACCUUGAAGUCUGCAUUUUGACAUUAAUGGGAAUGAUUGAUGGGAAAACAGGCAAAUGACACGUGACUGAAAUUAGAAUAAAAUAGACAUUUUGUAGCUUAUAUAUAAUUCAAGUACCAUUAGUUAUAUCACUUGCUGAAUUCAUGUAAUGCAGCAUAAGGCUGUCCAUUUUGUUUAGCACUCUCUGCAAAAAGCAGUGAUAUUUACAUUCCAAAACAAGGAAAAAAGGAAAACAUUCCAAAACAAGGAAAAAAGAAAAAACGUUUACUUCCAUGUUUGUCUGCCAAUGUGCAAUAAUAGGUACCUCAGAGACUGAAGCUUUUUAAAAGCAUUCAACAUGUUGUAAAGAAAAACAAAACUAUAUUUUUACACAGUUAUUCUUAUUCUUCUUUUGUAAUACUUCUAAUGCAGAAAAAGGCUGUUUAACUCUGCAUGAACAGCCUGCUGAGAAACUAAAGUGUAGCUCAGAUGCAUAGCAGGACCAAGACUUGAAAGCUACAGAAUAUUUUAGUCUGAUCAUAAUUGCCUGCAAAAAUGGUUUGUAUAUAUAAGUUUCCUUAAUCUGUAUUUCAGCCAGAGUUGUCUGUUCAAAGAAAUGUAUUUCACAUUUGGCUAUUAAUGCCAAUAUUUGUUUAAAAAUGGAAAACUAGUAACAACAACAUGACCUGUGCCUUUUAACCUGUUGAUGCAUGCUGACUGCUCUGAAUUAAAUUAAUGGUGUUGGCAUCCAUCUCAAAAUACCAUGAUUCUCAAGAAAAACCUGGAGAUGCUGGUCUCACGUUCAAAAGAGCUCCAAGCAGUUCCUCUUUUUGUAUUGCUGGCGGUUCCUGUGCUCUAUCUUAGACACUGAUGGGGUACUGAUUCAGUGUUCUUCUGAUCAGGAAUGCUCUUAAUGGUUGACUUUAUGUCCAGUGGAAAUAAUGAGUCUUACCCUGUGAAUGAUGUUGUUCAAAAAUCAUGAAGUGAAAGUAUGUAUGCCUAGAGCAACAUGGAACCCCAAUGCCCCAGCAUCAAACUUCAGCACCUUUGGUGGUUGAAUAGUGUAUAGGACGAUAUGAUAUCACACCACUGCUUGGGAAAACCAUGCAAGAAGUAAAAAAAAAAUAUAUGACUGGCAGGUGCACAAAGCAAUAUUCAUCUGAUACUAGCAUUUCAGUGAGAUGCACAUCCGUUGUUUAAUUUGAUGAACAGAAGUAAGUUUCAGUUUCCUUUUGAGUUUAGGUGAUUAUUUCAGAGAAAAUAAAAGCCUUAGUAUGCCAGCUUAAGGACUUUUGAAUGAGCUGUUGUAUAUCACAUGUUGGUAAACAUUAUGAGUUUGACAAGUUUAUCAGAGAGGUAUUCACAGAAGGGGUUAUGAGAUCUGAAAUUUUAUCUGAGAUGCUGGACUUUCUUUUGUCAGUAAACAUACACUUUCAAUAAAUUGAACAGGAAUAUGUUCAAAAAACACAGUUUUAUUUAUUCUUUUGUAUUCAUAUACUAAUGGACAUCUAAGUAUCUACCUGUAAGUUUUGGCUCACAUGUAUAGUGCCUAGUAUACAUGUGAGACCAGGUCUUGGACUACAAAUUAAAGGUCAAACAUUUCACAUAAAGGGUGAAGCAGUAAAACAUCAGCAGUAUUUUGUAAAGUGGUCACUUGUACAUGACUGCUGAGAACUGUGUUGUAAAAAUGUUUUUCAUGUACAAAAGUCAGUAAAUAUUUACUAUUUAUAAUGAAUAAACAGUUAUGAAGCUAUAUGGGCAUUUGAUAUUUUUUUUCCUGCAGAAAAAAAAUGGAUGUACUGUUCUACUUUUGAAAAAUUUUAUUUUUAGGCAGCUUCAUGGCUAGUAUAAAGAGAUGACACUUAAACCAUUUAUAUUUGGAACUCUUGUUUAAUAUAUAUAUA